AACUACAUCUUCAGUUCCGGUAGGAACUACUCUGUGUUCCCCUCCUGAUACACAACAGCCGCGUUUUAAUGUGUUAGAUUUUUGAAAAAUGUCAGAUUUAUUUUCACAUUGUCAUGUUGAUUAAUGGCAGCUCAGUUUUAUUUGUUGUUGUUUUUUUAAAUAACAUCCCGGAACUUUAUCCGGCGGGCUGGCGGUCAUGUUUUGAUGUCGGACCACGGAUGUGAGCCAUCGCUCACAUGUCGUGAGCGAUGGCUUCAUCCGCUCAGGAGGUGAUUCUGCUCGGUGUGUGUGACGGAGAGCUCGAGCCAAAGAGACACCGGUCCUCGCACCUCACUAACAAAGUGGGGGGUCACCCGGACUGGUCUCCGAUCAUCUCUCCGCCGUGGCCCCGCUGUGGUCACUGCGGAGCCCCGUUAGCUCACGUGGCUCAGAUCUACUGCCCCCUGGAGGCGUCGCCCUACCACAGGACCCUGCGUCUGUUCGCGUGCCCGGGUGCAGAGUGCUGCGGCAGGGCAGAGAGCUGGAGGGCGAUCCGCUCUCAGAGUCUGGAAGCUGAGCGGGAACCCAGCAGGUCUGCGCCCGCUCAGGAGGCGCCUCUGUCGGCCACAGACUGGUGUGACAGCGCUGACGACUGGGGCGUGGAGGAGGAGGGUGACGGCUGGGGAGGAGGAGGGGGAGUGAAGGAGGAGGCAGAAGCAGGGGGCGCUGUUCUCAGCUGCAGACUCCAGGACCUCUCUUUGGGAGAGUCACAUGACGACGUUCCUGUUUUCCGCUCGUUCUUCGUCAGUGUGGUGGAUGAGUCGGAUCUUCGCGGCGAGGACGACCUGGACCACGCCCAGCAGCUGUUGAGGGAGUACGAGAGUAGAGAGGGCGUGGCAGUGGGCGGGCUGGACUGUGGCGAGGGCGUCGGCGAUCGUGGGCAGGAGAAGUACGAGAAGUCAAGAGCCAGACACGGAGAUGCCAUCUUCUCCAGGUUCAUGAAGAGGAUCUCGAUCUGUCCUCAGCAGAUCUUGCGUUACUGUCGUGGCGGGAGGCCGCUCUUCAUCUCGGAGCCGCCAGCGAACACGGCUCCGGUGGUGGCGCCGUGCGGCUCCUGCGGAGGAUCCAGAACGUUUGAGCUGCAGCUGAUGCCGGCGCUGGUCAGUCAGCUGCGGAGGAAGGACGCCGAGGCGGAGCUGGAGUUCGGGACGGUUCUGGUUUACACCUGCACCAACAGCUGCUGGACAGAAGGCUCUGGAUCAGCCGUGGAAGAGUUCUGCUAUGUUCAGGGCGACCCGGACCAGAAGCUGUUUAAAUGAGAUUGGUCAGAUGGAAGCUGCUCGUCUGGUGGACCUUCUCUCUCCAUUACCAACGUCAACAUCCACCCGGGACAACCGAGUGCCUGUGAACGCUUCACAACGUCCACUUUUCAUGACAGAUGUUCUGAUUUCACUUUUAUGUCCAAUACAAUAUGACAAUUUUGACAAUA